UUGGUUUAUUAAGAAACAUUUUUAUUCUUUUGCGCCAUUUCAUUUAGACAAUCAUUAUUUCUCAUUUGACUCAUUUUUAGCAAUUUUAUUUCUUGUUCUUCACACAUUAAUAUUUGCGUCCAAUAGUUAUACAGUUUUUGAAGAUCGAAUUAGUGUGGGAUUAUUGCAAACAUUUGGAAUAUAUAUGUUUAUCAAGGCAUUUAGUACUAAAUAUAAACGAUCUCGGAUGAAACUUUUAAUAUUUACAUUUAUAUCUUUAGUUGCAAUACGUAUAGCCGCAUAUUCAACUAUAUGUCGUGAAGAACAAAUGCCAUAUUGCGUGAUGACAUUUUAUGCAUCAUCAGCAAAUUCAUUAUCUUCGCCAGUAGUAUUAUUAUUUUUAGUAGCUUUUUCUUUAUUAAUACCUUUUAUAAUACGUAAAAUAAUUUUUACAAAGGAUUUUGAUAGAAUUGCUCCAAUUUGGAUAAUUUGGAUUGAUUGGGCUUUAAGGGCUGGAUUGAUAUUAUCAGCAAUAUAUUGGAUCAUGGAUAACAGAAUAACAAGUCCUUCUGAGGAUACGUUGUAUAGCUCAAAUUUGAUAACUGAUCAAGGAUUUAAAUGGGCCAAAAAUUUUUUAGUUAGAAUGGCUUUUGGAAUAGUAAUCUUUGGGAAUAUUAUAUGGUGGAAAAAUCCUUUGUGCAUAGAUAAUCCAAGGGAAUCAUCUAAUGACGUGGAAGAUUUAGAAAAUAUAUAUGGACCCUCUUAUUUUAUUUUCCUAACAAUAGUUUAUUUAUUGUUAGUUAUCACUCAAAAACCCAUGGGUGGAUUGAUGCUUUCCGUUGCCUUAUAUCAAAUAAUGUCAUUAUUAAAAAUUUUUGACAUAAAAAGAGAUGCCUCUCAGGAAAAGGAUACAUCAUUUCUUGAAACUAUAAUAUUUUCAUUAUGUGGAACAUUAUUUUUCUUUUCUACUGGACAUCAAGCUACUAUUUCAUCCAUUCAAUGGUCAGUAGGAUUUAUUGGAAUAGAUGAAGCAAAUUUUACAAUAACGCCAAUAUUAAUUACACUUAAUACAUUAUCAUCACAAAUUUUAUUUACAUGCGCAAUACCUUUGCUUGCAUUCUGGAAUAGAUCAUCUAAUAAUUUAAUUUAUUAUUCACUUACAAGAACCAUAAUUUAUUAUAAUUUAUAUAAUUCUAUAAUAACAACAAGUACAGCAAUUUGGGCAGCAUGGUUUAGAAGACAUUUAAUGGUAUGGAAAAUUUUUGCGCCUAGAUUUAUGUUGGGUGGUAUUAAUUUAUUAUGUAUAGAUUUUGUUAUAUUUUUUAUUGUUGUUUCUUACGCCUGUACUAAAGUUAUAAAAAGAGGUGUUGGUAAAGUUUCUAAUACUGAAUGUGAACAAAAAUUAGAAAAAAUUAAAUAGAAAUUAAAUAAAAAAGGAUUCGUGACCGGUCCGUGACUGUGGCACGUGAAUUCCUUACAAAAUAAAUUUUUAAAUGUUCUGAGUACCCUUCAUAAAUUUUCCACCUUAAUUUAAUUAAAUUAUUAAACUUAUAAUCCAGGAUAUACGAUUAACUACAACCUUGUAUGUGUUUUCCUAUAUAUAUUUGUUCUUUUAUUUAUUUUUUGACAUCCCUUCCAUGGUUUAUCGCGGGAUUUCUCCGUGAAACAAUAAUUUAUUAAUCGAUUCAAAGAGAAAAAAAAAGAAGAAAUAGGAGAGAUCUCCGAAAUAGUGAGUGUUCGUAGAAUCAUGCAAUUAUGAUCGAGUUUUUUUC